AUGCGCAUCCAAGGGCGCGAACUCGAUGACGGCGCCGCUCGGUUGGCCAAUCAGGAAGCGGCGGCGCGACAGGCGAUGGAAGACGGUCGAAUGCCCUGGUGGCUACGGCGGCCCAGAGGUUUCGACGUGUUUCGAAGACACCGCAACCGCCACCCAACCACGCUGCCCGCCGUGUUGUGCCUGGGAUCUGAGGCCGGCCCCCUGCUAUUCUCAGAACCCCUGUCGCGCCUGGAGGCUGCCUGCAGCGUCCCACCGUACUCAUCUGUCCUCUGGCCUCUCUACGUUCACCUGCGUUCCCUUCCCGUUCACCUCCCCUCCCCAUUCCCAUCCAUCCUCCACCAUCCUCCCACCUCCUUCACCUCCUCUUCUCUUCUUCUCUUCCUCCCCUCAUCUUCAUCUUCAUCAUCUUCAUCCCCCCAAACUGCUUGUGCUCUAGAGACUGGUCACAUCUAUCGUCAUUCGCAGUUAUCCUCCGUCUCUCUCUCCUCCCUCCCUCUUCUCUCCCUCCCACCUCUCUUCCCGCGACCCCUGCUUCAAGCUGCUGCUCUCACCGACAACACCACUCCACCCAACAACAACAACAGCUUAGCAGAUCCGUUGCAGACCAAACAACUGCUGUGGCUACUCCUCGAGACCUCCUCUUCUCUUUAUAUACCGUCCGAUCGAUUCAUCCUCCCUCGAGAGCUCCGACCGGCGAUAGACGGCUUGGCUUGUCCAGGAAACGCAGCGGAUAAGGCGGACGGAGAGGCCAACUCUUCGACGACCUCUUCCAUCAACCCGCCUUCAGCAGCAUAUGGUUCCCUCGUCCUCAUCACCGAUUGUGUCUAGAUAGACUGUUCCCAACCGAUCAAGACAACGUUGGCACGAAACUGCAAAUCGAAUUGC